AUGUCUUUUGAAGAAACUCUAGAAAGGAUGAGUACAAUUAAAGAUAAUAUUACAAAGGACUCUGAACUUGAAAGACUUCAACGGCGUGAAUCAUUUAUACAAAAAUAUCACUACUAUGUGGGCGAGAAUAAAUCUCUUAGGGAAGCAAAUGCUCACAUGCAAACGAAAAUAUCCGAAUAUUUUAGGAGAAAAAAGGCAGAAAAUGCUGAAUUGGCCUCGAAUACUUCAGGAAGUAUGAAUGAUCAAUCUGUUGAUUUUGAACAACGCUAUAAUAGAUACAUUACGCAUUUGAUUGAAUUAAGAAAAGAGUAUCAAGCGCUUCAAAUCUCUUAUAAGGAUCAAAUUAAUGAACUUAAACAAUUUUGUAACUUAAGGCAAACUGAAGUUGAUGCUAUUCAGAAUGAAUUUGCCGCGUUCAAAUACAAUAUAGCCAAAAAGUCUUUAAAUAGUCGAACAGGUCGACCACUUAAUCUAAGAGACAUUGAAAAUCUACAAGCAAGUGAACAGAGAAAAGAAGCAGCAGUGGUUGAAGUUCGUCUGGAAAAUAUAAAACUUCAAAAUGAGGUUAACAAAUUUGAAUCGAUUCUUAAGUCUAAGGAAGAAUUAGCCGAGGGCCUGCAUUUAAUUGAUUUUGAACAACUUAAAAUAGAAAACCAGACAUACAACGAAAAAAUAGAGGAAAGGAAUGAAGAAUUAGGAAAACUGAAAAAGAAAAUUGCCACCACUGUUCAAAUUAUGACGCAUGUUAAAGAGAAACUACAGUCAAUACAAUAUGAAUUAGUAGAACAUCGAGAUUAUCUUAAUGCCGUAGAUAAAGAGCUUACCCAACACCGUGACAAAAAUACGCGGCUCAAGCAGACUAGAGAUAAGUUACGCUCUGGCAACUCUCGUCUCAAAAGAUCAUGCGGUCUUCUAGGAAGGAAUGAUUUACUACUUAACUAUGAGACGUGUGUAGAUGCUAUAGAUAAUAAAAAGAAAGAAUUAGAAAUGGUCCGUCAGCGAACCUUGAACUGCUUGGCCAAAACAAGAAGCAUUCAAGUGAAAAUGAAUAAAAACUAA